AUGUUAGCAACUACAGCACCAAACUCGUUAGUCAUGAACCCAACUUCAAUGUUAGUAGAGAUGAAAAGCUUCAUUCCUUCUUCAUAUACUUUCGAAAAAGAAAUCCAGAAGAUAAAGCAAGAACUUCUCCAAGGAGAUUUAGAUUGCACUGCAAAAGAUGAAACAGAUGAAGAAUAUCUUUAUGAAAUGCAGGAUAUUAUUGACCAUCUACCUAAACUUCCUGAAAUCCAACAACAAAAGCUUACUAUUCCAGAAUUCGAUGAAAUAGAAGUCAAAGCAACUGACUCAGUAGAAAUAAAGAAGUUCAUACGAAAGGUAAAUUAUGAAUUCCUUGGUUUUCAUUGCAACCAUAAGGUUAUGGACAAAGAUUGCGAUAUGGUAUAUAAGAACAUCUCUGACAUAUACAAAUCUGGGGAGUUUAAGACCUACGACAACUUUGUUUCGUUAGUUGCAAAAUGUGUUUGGGAAAUAAGAGAUAAAGAUAGUAGGGGUAAGGUAUGGAACGAACAAAUAAGACCCGCUAUGUUCGAGAUGAAGAAAACCAUUGACGCCUUAGUUGUUUUAGCAG